AUGAAUCGUCUGGCUCGACCUAUUCUCCGCACAUAUGCGAUGACUCCUCGAGUCCUCGGCGGCAAGCCAUCUCGGGAUGCCUACUUCAACGAUUGGAACUAUCCAGACGGCGGCCAUUCCGCCACUUCUCUCAAAUGCGAAGAUGACGGUCAGAUUUCCACCUUGCCAUUUGGUUCCGGCUUGGCCCGUCGAGCUCGUAUCAAUCCAAUCAUCACUCUCUUGAACGAGUUUAUUUAUAUUCUCUGGGCUGGUCUCCUGAUCUCCGUGCCUUGGUUUUUCAUGCGACUGGGCAUGCGAAAGACUAUUGGCGACCCUGAAGCUGAAAACUUACCGGAAGGCUUCACUGCGACUGUAACAACCACUUCCGGAAUGGUUGGAUCCUAUCUUUCAAAUUUCCACGUCGAAGUCAACUCUUUUACGAAGGCCAACACUCUUGGUCUUUCUGGACUCAUGUACUACGUCGACAAGUGGACCGUUCUCAACAAGUCCUCUAAGAGCGUCCGUGCUGACUGGCGAGAGAAGCGAAAGGCUGCCUGGGCCAACAUUAAAGCCCAGAGAGAAGGCCAAACAGCUGAGCACUAG